AUGACGCUGGACAUCUUUCUUUCAUUCUUCAAAACUCUUUAUGCCGAUGAUGCCAUGAAACCCAUUCUCAUUCUUUCACUCUCCAUCAUCGUCGUCGUCAUCACGUUCUUCAUUCUAUCUUUUAUCUCCAAACACCCUUCAAUUUACUUGGUGGAUUACGCUUGUUGCAGCCCCCCAAAAAGUUUACAAUCACCCUCUGACGCCUUCUUAAGGCACUCCCGUAUCAAUCUAAGUUCCCACCCCGAAAGUGUCGACUUCCAAAUGAAAGUCUUGGCUCGAUCAGGUUUAGGCGACGAGACGUAUUUGCCCCCAGCGAUGCACAGUCUCCCUCCAACUCCUUCCAUUGAAGCUUCGAGAAACGAGGCUGAAAUCGUCAUUUACUCAUCCCUUGAUUCGCUUUUUAAAAAAAUGGAGUUAAACCCACAGGAGGUCGACUUUCUUGUUGUAAACACUAGUGUUUUUGCGCCUGUUCCUUCUUUAACAAGCAUGAUCAUGAGAAGAUAUAACAUGAGAGAAGAUGUAAAAACAUUUAAUCUUUCUGGCAUGGGGUGUAGUGCUGGAUUGAUAUCUGUUAAUCUAGCUCGUGAUCUUCUUAAAAUUCAUAAGAACUCAAACGCUGUUAUUAUCACCACCGAGAUUAUAACACUGUUUUACUACACCGGAAAAGAUCGUUCCAUGCUUCUACCAAACUGCCUCUUCCGCAUGGGUGGUGCGAGUGUUUUGUUGUCCAACAAAAAAUGUUUCCGCAAGCAAUCAAAGUAUCGUUUACUUCACGUGGUACGAACCCACAUAGGCUCAUUUGAUAAAGCCUAUAAGUGUAUCCAUGAAAUGGAGGAUUCAGAGGGUAAAAUAGGUAUAUCGCUUUCCAAAGACUUGCCCAACAUAGCUCGUCAAGCUUUGAAAGCAAAUAUCCAUGCAUUUGCGCUUCAAGUCCUUCCUUUAACAGAAGUGUUCUUUUUUCUUAAGAAUGUAAUCAAGAAAGUUGUGUCUAAACGGAAGGACACCAAACCUUACGUACCAAAUUUCAAGCGGGUAUUCAAGCAUUUUUGUGUGCAUGCGGGUGGUCGGGGUGUGAUAAACAACAUGCAAACGGAAUUAGGGCUGACGUGGCAAGACAUGGAGCCAUCAAGGAUGACAUUGCAUAGGUUUGGGAAUACGUCAUCGUCUUCUUUGUGGUAUGAGCUUAGUUACUUAGAAGCUAAAGGGAGGAUGAAGGAAGGAGAUAGGAUUUGGCAAAUAGCUUUAGGAAGUGGAUUUAAAUGCAAUAGUGCUGUUUGGAAGUGUAACAGGAACAUAACAAAUCCACUUGAUGGGCCUUGGUUCGAUUGUAUCGAUAGGUACCCGAUUCAUGUCUCCUAA